GUCCGGGAAUAAUGCUAUCAGUGACUUCGCGCUCGACGGUCUUGCAUACGGGUUGAACGUGGUGUAAGCGGAAACGUGAAAACAUCAUGCUGAAGACGGUUGCCUUCCUCUGUGCCGCGUUGGCGUGCAGCAACGCGGUUGUUCUCAGCGGCUACAACGGCGGCGGCCAUGGCCUGUCAUACAGCGAUUACAGCGAUCUCGACGGAUACGUAGGAUCCGAUCUCGUAGGAUCCGCCGAAUACAAAGUUUUGCCGACGGUCGCAGUCCCGGUGCACGCGGUGUCCGCCUCGCCAUUGCACGUGGACGCAACACUGGACCAUGGAUUGCACGGCUACAAACAUCACGUGGAGCAUGACCACGACUACUACUCGCAUCCGAGGUACACUUUCAAUUAUGGCGUGCACGAUCCGCAUACGGGCGACGUGAAGACGCAGCACGAGGUGCGUGACGGCGACGUCGUUCACGGCUCGUACAGCGUGAACGAGCCCGACGGAAGCGUGCGUAUCGUCGAAUACACCGCGGACGACCACAAUGGAUUCAAUGCCGUCGUGAAGAAAGUUGGACCGGCGAUACACCCGAAGCCGGUGCCGAUCAUCAAGUACGUUUCGCCGGCGCACUACAACAGCUACGACUACGAGAAGCACUAUUGAUUUAGUCAUCGUGUAAAUAGCGUCGAAUCGGGCGUUUCGUCAAAGGGCAUUAAUUAAUCGAUCUGUUAAUUAAUGUGAAUGACAGUGAUUUAUUUUACUUUUCAAUUAAAUCAAUUAAAUCUG